UUGUACAGAGCGCUGCAAAUGUCAGUGUCUAAAAUGCUUCUGUACAGUUCAGUUGAAUGAUAAAAUUUUUUCAACUUUUUUAACUUAAUGCUGAUAAUUCGAGUGUAUGAAUUAAUUUGUUUUCUGAAAUAACUAAAAAUAACCACCAAUCGUUAUUAUAGCAACAAUAAUAGGCAGUGGGCGUGAUUUCUCAAAAUCGUCAUUGGCCGGUAGAAGGAAAAAGAAAGAAACAAAACUGUAGCGUUCUUUUUGAAAUGAAAAUAAGAUAUAUAUUCUCAUGUCAUAGAAUAACAUUAAGAAUAAUGAAUAAAUAAAAUCAACUCAAUUUUCUGUUUUAAAUAACCUGAUGGCCAUGUUGUAAGAAACAACCCUACUCACAAAUGCCAUAAAAAAUUUGUAUUUUUUUUUUUAAUUAAAAGAAAAAUGAAGCCCAAAUGAUAGCGAAUUCUAGCAACAUGGAGUGAUAUUUGCAACAAAUAAAUAAAUUCUGCCUUUUGUACUGAGAUUUCAAUCACCAGUGAAGACCACAAGAGCCAGAAGAAGAGAACAAAGAGAGAAGUUUUUCACCAUUUAGUGAAGAUAAGUUAGUUUAGGAGUAGUUGAGAAAGUGCAUGAUAAUAUUUACAUUUAGGUAGUCUAUCCAUGGAAGUAUUGUUUGAUUCAUCUUUAUUAAAUGUAUCAGUAACUUAUGACAAUAAGGUUGUGUGUAUACAUUAAUAUUACACAAUUAAUUAACAUGAAAAAUACAAUAUUUUUACACCAUUUUUAAUAAUGGUAUAUGUCAAUUUCUACAUACACUAAUACAAUUUAAUAUAGAAAAUUAGUAAUGUAACAUCAUUAAGAACUAACAUGAACUAACAAUUAAUAAUAUUGUAUGUAUAAAUUAACAUAAACCAAGAAUUCCAAGAUGAACAAACGUGUGAAAAAAUAUUCAUAGUUAUUUCCUGAAACCUAAUUUGGAAUGUAAUACCUGUUACAUGUGCAUUUGUUAACAUAUAUAACCUUAAUGUAAAGUGUAUAAUUAAAUCAUAAACCCCAACUACAACAACACAAACCCCCUGACCCCCCUGAAGGUCUUUGUGUAAUUCGCACACUGUGUAAAACCAUUCCAUAUCUUGAAAGAAAUAGUUUAAAGAAGACUUAAAUCCUAAGUGCCACAUUAAACAGUGAAUGAAUAAAUACAUAGACAGAAUCUCACCCUCAAUGUGCCGCUUUCCCUUACUGUGUACCAUGAUCAUAUCAACGGUGUCAAACACAGGACAGUGAGAACACACAAGGCAGGUUUAUCUACAGUGAAGAAUCAAACGGAGACUAAAUUUAACUGUGAAGGGGAUAAAGAAUACAGCCAUAGACACAGACUGAUAUGAAAGUAGUAAACGGUCCAACUCUUAAAUGUUAAAUCAACCAGUAUUAAAGAAUCACCUUCCAUUUUUCAUUCAAGCAGCUUCUCCAUCUGGGAUAAAGUUAGAUAGAAGAUCUGCAACACGUCGUUUUUUUGUUUUAGAAAGUCAGAAAAACACAGAGAGAAAAAGAAAGGGACUGAUACAUGUUUGCAAAUCAGACCUGUCCAUCUGUUUGGCUGUAUACCGCGAUAUAGUAUAAAGAUGCUUAAAUCAGAAUCAGAAAGUGCUUUAUUGCACUGCCAAGUAUGCUCGUUCACUCACUCUCUCUCUCUCUCUCUCUCUCUCACACACACACACACACACAUAAUUUCGUUUCGGUAACAACCUUCAAAUACUCACAGAAAUACAACAGCUAGACACAGAAUCAUAAAAUAAUAUAUGUAUUGAACGAGAGACAGACACAGAAUAUUAAUAAUGUACAGAAGAGUUGAUAUGUACAGAUAUGUACGAAAGUGCACAAGUGUGCAUGUUAAAGUACUUUCAGUAUAUUUAGUUGACUUUGAUCAUCACCCUCCCUUUUGAAAGACAUGUUUGGCGACUUGAAGACUUCUCGUAUUCUCCCAGGUAUUAAAUGUAGCUUUUUAUUUUAGCUGUCAUUGUUAAUCUCACAUUUCUACUACAAAUAUUAUUUUCUUCCUGCAAUGUGGGAUUAAUGUGGGCGGAUCCUAUCUCUAGUUGACGCCAUGGCAACAGAAACGAAACUAAUCUGCUAAAAUUGUGACAAAAAAGCUUUUCAGAUUCAGACUGGCUGAACCUAGCAAGAAACGGCUACCGGUAGCAUUUGCUAAAUUUUUUAUGGUUUAAUGGAUUAUGUACCUUUUAAUCGCUGCCAUUGUUAAUUUUCAAACUGCCGCUGAAUUUAAAUAGCAAAGUAACUACAAGUCAAAGUGUUAUGUCGUACGGAAGUAUAAUUUCUCAGUGUUUUUAUUUUUUAGCUUCUGGUUCAGUUGAGUUAGAAGGCUUUAAUCUAGUUUGUUAUAUCGCUCGCUGACCAGUUUAUUCGAACAGGAGGGGUAAUUCGUUAAAUCUUCGUUGGUUGAUUCGCGUUGUUGCCAAAUCACAUUAUUAAUUGAUUGAUUUCCUAUCUGCCAUCAUUGAUUUGAUUUCUCGAAGCAUCUGUUAUGCUCAACACUCCUGUCAUGUGUUCACUUUCUGGAGAAUGUGUGUGAUCAUUAAAGGCUUGAUCCCGCUUGAGUUCAGGCCAUGUCCUCGGAGCACACUCCGACACUGACCGGGACUCACAGCCUCCUCCGCGGCCAGCGGACUCGGUCUUAUGGCAGUCUCGUGUCCUCCUCUUUGUCACCCAUUAGACAAAGACGAAUUGAACACAAAGUUCAGCCCGGUGAGACUUUGCAAGGACUGUCACUUAAGUAUGGCGUUUCUAUGGAGCAAAUCAAAAGGGCAAACAGACUGUACACAAAUGAUUCAAUAUUCCUGAAGGAGUCCCUCUUCAUUCCUGUGCUGACGGAGUCUGUGUCUUUCAGCAUUGGAGUGGAAUUGACUGAGGAGGAGACAAGUCCAGCACAAACACGCACAAAGACUUCAGAUGAGACCUAUAAAAGCCAAACAGACUCUAGUAGGCAUGAAGAGAAUGCUGAACUCUCUCCAGUGGAGUACCUGAAAAAGAUAGACAGCUUGAUCAGUCAGUCAAAACAAGCAGCAGUGAAGAGGUGUCAGGAGGGAGAGAAACAGUUCUCCUCUAUGGAACAACUCUAUUUUGGCAAUCUGGAUUCCAGCAAAGCUUCUACUCAGCAGGCAGUUCUGGGAGAUGUUCCCAUUACCAUCACCAGACGGACCAGGAAUUUGAGGGACCGGGAGGAUGAGAUCUUUCAGCUCUGAUCUAGGUUGCUCAUUAGGGCUCUCCUGACUGUGUUCUGUGUAGUUUGAGCAAACAUGAUCAAUUUUAGAGGAUUCACUUCUUCUCAUAUUAUGCCUUUGAAUUGUUAGCAGUGUGUAUCUGAUGAUGAAUUGAUGAUAGUAAUUUGUAAAUGUGCUCUGUUAUAAAAUUGCUACCAAAAGCUUUAGACAUGCAUUGUAUUAGUACUGUAAAAAACCAAAGACCUGAGUGUAGUGUGGUUUGGGCACUCACUCACUACUGAAUUUAAGCAAUAGAACUGUACAGGAAUGUAGCUUGAACAAAUAUUACACUUGCUAAUUAAUAUUUAAUACUACCUCACAAAUACUUGAUAUAAGGAAGAGUUAGUUUUAGGAAAUUGAAAAAGUAUUUGUUUUGGGAAUGUGCCAAUAGACAUCUUUUAGAUACUAAUUUGUUAUCAUUUCCAUAGUAUUGCACUUCAGUCACAUGCUAAAUGUUUUGUUGUUUCAUUUUGAUCUGUUCAUUUUGCAAUGUGCUAAAGUUUCUAAAGCCAUUUGACAUUUGUGGUUACCAAAAGAUGAUAAAGACUUUGGGGCGUUGUCCUGAAUGCAGGUUCAUGCAUCAGUGAUAUGUGAACUUAAAAUGCACAACCCUCCACAGUAAAUAAAUGCAAUAGAAGAAACAUCAAAUACCAUUAACUCAAACAGAUCUUGGAGUUUUAUCUUUGUGUUAAAAAUUCUUUUAAAAUGAAUUAUAUUUAGAGAUUUUCAUUGGCAUGUAGAGUAAAAAGAGGUUAUCAAAGUAUGUCAAACAUAUGUACCUUAAGCAUAAAUGCAGUUCAUUCUAUUAAAUGCAUAAUAUAGCAUAAAUGUUAGUUAUGUGUCUAGUCCUGUUUUUUGUAACCUUGACCACUGCUAAACAUGAAUUGCAUGUUCACGCAAAGUUCUUGCAGUUUAUG